AUGCUUGGAUGUGGCAAUAGACAAGUAAAGCAGAUUGAGCAGACAGAAAAGGAUUCAAUUGAAAUUACAAUCAAGACAUCUUAUGAUACCGUCCAUUUCAAGUUUAAGUGGAGAAAUGCCGAUUCUAUCCCUUACUUAUUUGGGAAGCCGUCGAAAGACAAGAUAGCUGAAUAUCAACGGCGAUUCGACAGUUUGCAUCUUACUGAACGUUACGGAUUUUAUGAUAGAAUCGAGUAUUUCCGAGAUAUACCCCAUAUUAUUGCGGUAAAUGAUUUUGUUGCAUUGUGGUUUGCGAAUGGAACAACACCUUAUCAAGAUGAUUUAGAUAUGAUUCUUUGGCGCAUUAAUGAAUGUUACCCUCUUAAUUGUUCCACCACGGAAAUAGAACGUUAUCAAAGACUUUCGGAACAAAUUGAUUCAUUAUUAUCCUACUCACUCGGUUCGCAAUGGGAUUAUAAUAUGCACGCAUCGUUGGCGACCAAAUUACAGGAAUGCAAGGUGGUAUUUUAUAACUAUCGACUGUUGGAUU